AUGGUUGACGCAAAGAUCCAAGAGCUCAUGUCGAAGCCCCGGUCGGAAUUGACUGAAUAUGAGGUUGCCCAAGUCGAAGAGCACGAGCUCACCACCGGCCCCCUCUCCAUCCUCCAGACCGCCGUCCGCUCUCGCACACAAGUCCUCAUCUCUUGCCGAAACAAUCGCAAGAUCCUGGCGCGCGUCAAAGCCUUCGACCGCCACUGCAACAUGGUGCUCGAAAAUGCAAAGGAAAUGUGGACAGAGACCCCGCGGCUAUCGAACGGCUCCAUGGGUCGCAAGGUGAACAAGGACCGCUUCAUCUCCAAGCUGUUCUUGCGUGGAGACUCUGUUAUUCUGGUUCUGCUCUCAUAA